AAAUAGGGUCAGUUUAAUAAAGUAUAUACACGAACGGGUUCAUGUUUCAAAACAUGGUGUCAGGAGUGAGAUAUUCAAUAUGUUGAAGAUAAACGCGCCUGAAAACUUCGAAUUUGCUAAGCCACAACUGUGGCCUGAAUGGAAACAGCGCUUUCAGCGUUAUAGAAUAGCGACGAAGUUAAACAAAGAAGACGAUGAAAUUCAAGUCAGCACGCUUAUAUACUCGAUGGGAAAGCAAGCAGAACACGUCUAUAAAACCUUUAGACUUGAGAAAGGCGAAGAAGAAGAAUAUGAGACAGUUCUAGCACAAUUUGAUGCCUAUUUUGUCCCGAAACGAAAUGUAAUUCACGAGCGAGCCCGGUUUUAUCAACGCCGACAGCAUGCAGGAGAAACUGUUGAAGCGUUCAUCCGAAGCCUGUAUGAAUUGGCAGAGAACUGUGAUUUUGCCGAUGCACGAGACGAACAAGUUCGAGAUCGGAUAGUUAUUGGACUAUUAGAUAAAAACGUGUCGCAAAGGUUACAGAUGAAAGCCGGUUUGGAUCUACAAUCGGCGGUAGAAAUAGCAAGACAAUCGGAGUUAGUUAAAAGCCAAUUGAUCGAGCGUGAGUCAUUAGAGACAAAGCAGAUUGACGAAGUGCAACGACAAAGGAAUUAUCGCCGAGGUGAUUGGAACAAAAGACAGACGUUAUCAUUUCAACAACAACAGCGGUGUGGUAGGUGCAAUAGAAAGCAUGUUAAUGAGUCACAAUGUCCUGCAAGAGGUAAGAAAUGUAGAAAAUGUGCUAAGAUAGGGCAUUUUGCCGCUGUGUGUAGAACUAAAACUGUACAAAGGAAAGCUGUUGGUGAAAUUUCAAAGAAGUCGGACGAACUUGUCCGAGAGUGGGACGAAACUUUCUUUUUGGGUUCCGUUAUGUCAUGUAACCGGGACAAAGAUCCCUGGCAAGUUGACCUUAAGUUGAAUGGGCAACCAACUAAAUUUAAGAUAGAUACCGGAGCUGAUAUAACAGUCAUACCAGAAGCCAUUUACAGUAAUUUAGUACCACGUCCACCCCUUCAAUCAACAACAGCUGUCCUUCAAGGUCCUGGGGGAAUAAUUGCAUGUAUUGGUGAAAUUACUGCAAUUUUAUCAUAUAAAUUGGUGGAAUAUUCAGUUCGUAUUUUUGUUGUUCGGGGAGAAAAUGUGAACUGUUUGCUGGGUCGAGAACUUUCCACUCAAAUGGGUUUGGUUAAAAGGGUGCAUGAAAUUACUGAUCACAGCGUAUUUGGAGAUAUAGGGCUCUUGAAAUGUGAACCCGUCAAGAUACAUUUACACGAUAAUGCUAAACCUUACAGUGUGAGUACCCCGAGGCGUAUACCCUUUCCUCUACUGCCAUUGGUGGAAGCCGAGUUGAAAAGAAUGAAAGACGAAGGGAUCAUUGAAGAGGUGACAGAGCCAACUGAGUGGUGUGCCCCUAUCGUCCCAGUCCCAAAGAAGAAUGGUCAAGUACGAAUUUGUGUUGAUAUGAAGAAACUAAAUGAGGCUGUUAAACGCGAAAGAUAUGUUUUGCCCAGUUUAGAUGAUAUUGCGCCUUCACUUCAUGGAUCCGAAGUGUUCUCAAAAUUAGAUGCUGCUAGUGGAUUUUGGCAGAUCCCUUUACAUCCUGAAAGCUCUAAAUUGACGACCUUCAUUACCCCGUUUGGUCGAUUCUGUUUUCGAAGACCGCCCUUUGGGAUAUCCUCCGCUCCGGAAAUUUUCCAAAGAUUGAUGACCGAUCUACUUCAGGGGAAACCUGGUACCAAAGUGAUUAUGGAUGACAUUUUGGUAUAUGGGAAAUCGGUUGAGGAACAUGACUCUAAUUUGGAAGAAGUCCUGAAUACCGUACAAAGUUCUGGACUCAAGUUGAACAAAUCGAAAUGCGAAUUCCGCAAAGAAGAGCUGGGAUAUUUUGGUCAUCGCGUGGGUAAAAAUGGCGUUAAACCCGACCCUGAAAAAGUGCGAGCCAUCGUCGAGUUUUCGCCUCCAACCAGUGUCUCUGAAUUACAAAGAUUGUUAGGUAUGAUCAACUACUUGGGGAAGUUUUUGCCAGAUCUGUUGACGGUAUUACAGCCUUUAAAUGAUCUUCUAAAAGGAAGUUCCACAUGGGUUUGGGGCCCGUCCCAAGCAGAAGCUUUCGAGAAGGUGAAGCAGCUGAUAUCUUCUGCUCCUGUGUUAGCAUUUUACGACCCGAAUCGUAAGACGGUAGUCAGUUCUGAUGCCAGUAGUUACGGACUCGGUGGUGUGUUACUUCAAGAAGGAGAUGAUAAAUCUUUACGACCGGUUGCAUUUUGUUCUCGGACUUUAACACAAACGGAACAGAAUUACGCGCAAAUUGAGAAGGAAUGCCUUGCAGCAGUUUGGACCUGUGAGAAGUUCUAUCGUUAUCUGUCUGGCCUUCCCGUAUUUGAAUUGCGAACAGACCAUAAGCCUCUCGUACCGUUGAUAAAUCAGCAAACCCUAGACAAAGUUCCGAUCCGUUGUCAACGCCUAUUGAUGCGUCUGCGUAGAUUUAACGUCAUCUCUGUUGUUUCUUUCCUUAUCGUGGUGAACUUUCGUGCGUCGAAGGGAAAUUAAUUUAUCGUGAUCAAAUAGUCAUUCCAGCUUCAAUGAGAAUGGAAAUGCUUCAGAGGAUUUAUGAUGGUCAUCUUGGGGUGACGAAAUGCUUGGCACGUGCGAAUUCCUCCGUUUGGUGGCCUGGUAUUUCCAAGGACAUUAAAGAGGAGGUUUCACGUUGUGAGUUUUGCCAAAUUAACCAACCAUCACAAAGAAGAGAGCCAUUGAAACCAACACCGUUACCCGAGCGUCCUUGGCAGAAAGUAGCGGUCGAUGCACUUGAAUUAGACGGAAAGAAGUAUUUGGUCGUAGUAGAUUAUUACUCCCGGUAUCUUGAGCUUGUUUAUGUACCAGAUUUAACAAGCAGGACGGUGAUAGCUAAGUUGAAGAGCAUUUUCGCAAGAUGGGGAGUUCCUGAAAUCCUAAUAAGUGACAAUGGUCCACCAUUUUUCUCAGAGGAUUUUAGAUCGUUUAGCGUUCAGUAUGGGUUUCUCCAUGUUUCGUCUAGUCCACAUUAUCCGCAGACAAACGGAGAAGCGGAAAGUGCUGUCAAGAUAGCCAAGAGAAUCUUGAAGCAAACGGAUCCGUUCCUCGCGUUGAUGGUGUAUCGAGCAACUCCAAUUCCAGCGACAGGUGUAAGUCCUAGUCAAUUGAUCAUGGGAAGACAGAUUCGCACAACUAUUCCAACACUUAGUCGUAAUCUGUUACCAGCCUGACCAGAUCUUCCGACUGUACGCGAAGUAGACAAGGAAUCGAAAGAAAGAUAUAGUCAUGCUUAUAACAAGAGGCAUGGUGUGAAGUCCUUAUCUGAUUUGGAACCAGGUCAAACUGUUCGGGUGAAAACCGAUAAUCAGAAGAAAUGGAGCCCUGUUGGAGUUGUCAGUGGAUAUGGAUCUACACCAAGAUCAUACAUUGUGGACACUCCAGAGGGGAAAAAGAUGCGGAGAAAUAGACGACAUCUUCAAGCUGUUCCUAAAGCAGUUUCUGACGACAUUCUUGAAGACGACAUUUUUCAAGCGAUUCCUGAAGUUGUUCCUGAGAUCAAUCCAGAAACAAGCGAAUUGUCAAGAAGAUUGGCAGAUCGAAGAAAUCCAGAAAGAACGUUACAGAAUACGCCAAGCCAUACCUCAAGCGGACGUGUUAUAAGGAAACCAAAACGGUACAUUGAGGAAUAUUGACAAUUUUCCAGAGAUAUUGAAACAUAUUUAAUUAACUAUAUUUGAUAAUAAUGACAUUGGACACAUAUAUAUAAAUAUUUGUGUUAUGAACCUUUAGGUUAGAGACUUUAGUAGUUAUUUAUUAGAAUCGUAGAUACAGAGGACAAAGUACAAAAAGAACACAAAAAAAAUAUAUAUUACUUUCUUUAAGGAGAGAGAUGUUAUAAUUAGAAUAUUGUAAUUCAGUAAAUAGUAAUUAGCAAUGCAGACUGUGGGCGUACCACAGGUAUAUAAUAGCUUGUGUACUUAGGAAUAGGGUCAGUUUAAUAAAGUAUAUAUACGAACGGGUUCAUGUUUCAAAACAGAUGGUUUGGAAGCUAGCUCGUUAGCAUUACAAUAAAAUCACAAUAAACCUCAUUAUCUAUGUUGUUCAGGUUUAUGCAAAAAUGUGGUCUUUUAUCGUCACGUGCGUAUUGUAUUUUUCUCAAGCCAACCAAUAGAAAUGUUCAAAAUGUUCUAUUGUUAAAGUCAUGGAUGAGCAAUUGGACAAAACCGUUGCUAUUGGCUGGUUGAACAAAAAUACAAUACGCACGUGACGAUGAAAGACCACAUUUUUGCAUAAACCUGAACAAAAACAUAGAUAGCGAGGUUUAUUGUAAUGCUAAAUUGCUAAUGAGUUUCCAAACCAUCCCCUCUAUUAACUAUGCUUUGACAUAGACGUGAACCAAGGGGUGAUGAUCUCCUUGGACAAUACAUACAAUUCGACUGAGUCUAUGGGUCGGAAGUUGAAAAUUGAGAACACUUCAACCCGAACCAAUAUUUAUUUGUUUUAAAAUAAGCCAGCAUAUGCAUUUACAUAACAAUAAGUACACGUUGCUAAUAUAUAUGAUUGGUCAAUUAGUCUUGCAUUCAGUAUGCACGUGGCAGCGGAAACAUUUGAACUAUUGAACAAUGUCCAAUCCUUUUACGGCUGUUGACAAGCCAGUUAUAAUAAACAACGCGAUCGAACGUCUGCGCAUAUUUACUACUUGUACUCAAAAAGACUGGAAAUAGUAUUGUCUUCAAGAAGCUCUGACAAAAGCUCUAAAGGGAAUUACGAGUGUUUAAACUCAGUGUAACUUCGUCUUGAUACAAGCAAAAAGCGGCGAAAUUCCAUAUCAUAUAGCUUCUGCAUUUUCUUUAUUUAUAAACGCUUUUCUUUUAUCGCUCUUACUCCUAUUAUUUUGGUAAACGUUUACCGCGCCAUUCAGCCGUACACUUGCGCACGCGCUAUACGUUUGAUCGCGGUGUUAUUAGAACCAGGUUUGAAGGCGACCACGUGUUGUCUCCUUAAUUUUAAUUUUAUAUAUUGGGAUUAAUUGUUAUAUAAUAAUUGGUCUUUGUAUAUCUCUAACUUUUAGGACGAUUUUGGUAAUAUGUUAUCUAUUUGUUGUCUCGGCUUUUAUUUGAAUCCAAUUACCCUCAUGAUAACGCAGUGUAUAUCCAGAAGGAAAUCUGUGUUGCUUAGGAAAGAGCCAGGGAACGAGGUUGUGCUGCAUCGUAUUUAUUGCAAAUAAAAAGAUUAAAAUCAAAACAUCAAAUUGGUCGUAAAAUUUGAAUUCAUAUUUUGUCGGAUUGAACAGGACCAGUAUUCGGAUUAAAACAUUUCAGAUCGGAAUUCGGAUUUUAAUUAUCCAUCAACCUUGCUAGUUGCUACUAUCUAAUCUGAUCCGAUUCGCAACUCACUACGUUUUCGUUUACCUUCACAAAGACUUUCAUUUCCUUCAAAUCUACUAUCACAAGUACACAGGAAAGAUCCAUCAAUAUUAGUACAGUUUGAAUUUGGGUGACAGUCGUCAAGAGAUAGAGAACAUUCAUCUAUUUCUAUAACAAAUAAGUGGCAUUAACGUUUUACAAAGAUAUAGAUAUUCUAUUCUGUCAUUCUGGUCGAAAGAUGGGCAUUGUGUAUUUACCUUGGCAAAAAGUUCCAUUACCAGUAUAUCCACUGUCACAAGUGCAGAAAGAUGAUCCACUAAUGUUGGUGCAAGAAGCGUUGGAAUGACAAUUAUUAAUCGAUAGGGAACAUUCAUUGAUGUCUAGGGAUAAAAAACAUUUGUGGACGACUUUUUUAGUACAAUAGUAACCAGUGGUGCCUAAAUUACUUUGAAUUUGUACUCGAAUAAAAAUAGAAGAAAUUAACAAUAAAACGAUUUGAGUAAGAGUAAAAAGUACUGGAGGCAAAACGUACUUAAGUAAAAAGUACAAAGUAUCCUUAAAAAAUACUUGAAGUAAAAAGUAAAAGUACUAUCGUCUGUAGCAUGUAGGGGGGAGGGGGAUCACUUCUCCAAUGAAUUGACAUACAAAAGACACAACACGACACACGCAUUAUAUGCGUGUACUUAAUGUACAAAAUGUCACGGCUUUAUCUACUUUCCAGACCCCAUUGAGGAUACAAGAAAGCCAUUAAAUAAAUAAUGCUCAUAAGUAAGCCACAAACGAGGGAUACCAAACGUACGUAGCGGUCGUAUCACCUCACCAAAAUUAAAAAAAAUCAUGAAUAAAUCACGUAAAAUUAAACAAAAGUUAGAAAGUAACGAAAUACUUCGCCACAAUAAAAAUAACGAAGUAAAACGUUACUUCUUAAAACGACUUCACUCCAAGUAAAAGUACUCCAAAAAAAGUUUAAUUUGUUACAUGCUCACUUCUUAAAAAUAGUACUCAAGUACGGUAACGAAGUAUAUUUACUUCGUUACUUGACACCACUGCGUCUACUGGAAUGGUAGAUGAUGGACGAAAAAAUAUAGCGCAAAUGAAAAUAAACAUGAUGAAAAGGCUACCUUAGUAAGAUUUCUAUAUUAAUCUGUCACUAAAAUUUUAUUGCCGUGUAUAGUCUAUUUACUGUGUAAAGUAUUGUUGCUGGACGUUAUGCGAUUACGAUUCCCCUGGUGUGUCGCACUACACAUUAUUAAUAGUUAGCAAAUUUCGCAAGAUACUUUAUAGAAUGUUUAAAAUAUAAUUCAAGCAGCAUGUCUGUUUAUUUUUGUUCCAAGUUCUUUUACUGAAAUACCAUACUUUUAAUUAGUUCACUACUGCUGUGUUGACAAAACAGUGUGGUGAAGACGUGAUGUCGUUUUCUCUUCCAGCAC